AGGGCUUCAUUACGACAUGAAUGGCUCUUUCACAGGUUCCAUGUUCUGCUCAUAGCUCUGGCAGGCUUUUCCACUGUUAACCAGAUCCUCUUGGGAGGAAGCCCAGCCACUAGGAAGAGGAAGGCUCAUCUUCUCUCCAAGCUCUCCAUACCAGAAAGUCAAGUGGUUGUCAUUAACUCCUCCUUAACUGUAGAAGAGGCUGCUUCAGACUAUGCUGAGAAGUUAAAAGAGGCCUUUCAGGGUGAGAACAUGCCUGUCUUUGAUCUGCUGAUUUUGGGAAUAGGGCCAGAUGGUCACACCUGCUCCCUGUUUCCAGACCAUCCACUUCUGCAGGAAAAAGAGAAGAUAGUUGCUUCUAUUAGUAAUUCUCCAAAGCCGCCAGCUGAACGGAUAACUCUAACGUUGCCUGUUUUGAAUGCAGCACGGACUGUUGUAUUUGUUGCUACAGGGGAAAGUAAAGCUGCCAUCUUAAAGCGCAUUUUGGAAGGCGAUGAGGAGAACCCUCUCCCUGCUGCUCUUGUCCAGCCUCAUACUGGGAAGUUGCACUGGUUUCUGGAUGAGUCUGCGGCCAAAGAGCUGACUGUUCCCUUUGAGAAGCAUUCUAUCUUGUAGAACCAAACACCUGGCUGGGUUUCAGGAUGGUGAUUCAGGAGGACUGGCUGCAGUUCCUGCAUAGAGCCGGCUCUACAACAUUCCGGAUUGAGGACUCUGGUCAUAGUACUUGAGUGUGGCACUAAACUAACAUUGUCUAUUUCUCUUUUUUUAAUCAAGUGGUACUUUGUGGAUCACUGUAAUAACCUAUGGUUGGGGAGGGGAGAUAUAAGACUCCCAAAUCUGAUCUCUAGCUGCAAAUGGGAAUGCUGGUCAUGCCGUCUGUCUUGUGAGCGGUUAAUGUGGUGUGAUGUGAAUGCACAAUAUUAAAGAUGUAUGUUUCAGGUU